AAGAGAAGAAAUUUGGGAAAAUUUAUAAUUAGGGAUUCAUAUCAAAGUUCAGAUUGAAUCAGAAGCAGCAGCUGUUUCGAUCUCUCCACAUAGAAUUGCUAUGGCGGAAACUUCCACCUCCUCGUCCAAUCAAACUCACUCUCAGGACUCCCGCGAUUCGCAAUCCCAGGUUCCCGUAUCCGAAGGGUUAAAAUCACAAAAUGGAGAUAGUCCAGUGUUCCCAAUGAUGUAUCCUGUGCUUGUUCCUGGAUUAUUACCUCCCCAUCAGCACCAGGAACAGAUUAACCAUGGGCCAGGUCUAUAUGCUGUUCCAGUUCAUCCGUAUAUGCAACAAUUUGGUGGUUUUCCGCCCAAUACUCUUAUCCCGUUUACCUACAACUUACCUACGGAACGGAGCUCUCCUGAGGCUAGAGAUGUCAGUGGUGAGCAGGGGCUAACAGGGGAGCAACCACAACAGCAACAACAGGCUGGACCUCAAAGACAAGUUGUUGUUCGGAGAUUUCAAAUUGCUAUCCAGCUUGAUAUACUGCUCAUCUUGAAACUGGCAGCAGUUAUUUUCUUGUUCAACCAGGAUGGAUCUAGACAGAGACUAACUCUCCUUGUGUUUUUUGCAACACUUGUUUACUUAUAUCAAACUGGAGCUCUUGCACCUGUAAUUCAAUGGCUUUCUCAAGGCAUGCGUAGGGCAGCUGCACCGCCAGCCAGGCCUGCUGCUAGGCCAGACAAUUUACCUGCUGCUGGGGAACCAGGAAAUGAAAACGCUCCCUUACUCGGUGAGAAUGAGACUGAUCAAGCGAAUGAUGGGAAUGAGAACGAGCAUGUAGCCGAAGGUGGGCAAGUCGAGGGUGGUAAUCGCUUGUGGGUGAUUGUAAAGGAGAUCCAAAUGAUCGUCUUUGGUUUCAUCACUUCACUUCUCCCAGGCUUUCACAACGUAGAUUAGACUGUAAAAUUGCCCCAGAGAUGUCAGUCGUCAGACAAUUGAAUCGGCUUUUUGUUUCAAAUAAUUUUUACUUUAGGGAAGAAAAUGGGAUAUUGUGUAUGAUAAGUGAAGGAUGAAACUGAGAUUCUUUAUGCUUUUAUUUGACGAUUUGUAAAUCUUUUUGUGUUUAUGGCCAAAAAUUGAUAUAUUUAUCCA